CGGCACUGUUUUGUUCUGAUUAUCCUGAAACCGCUAACGGAAACCAAGUGCUAUGGUAGAUGUGAAAAAGUUUAGCGAAACAGACCUUUACGGUCUGUUCGAGGUGGAAAUAUCGGCAACCGAGCAAGAGAUCCGCAAAGCGUACCGCAAAAAAGCCCUACAAUGCCAUCCGGACAAAAACCCCGACAACCCGAAGGCGGCCGAGCUGUUCCAGGAGCUGUCGAAGGCCCUGGAAAUCUUGAUCGACGUAUCGGCCCGUGCCGCGUACGAUAAGGUGCUGAACGCGAAGAAGGCGGCCAAACUGCGCACGAAGCAGUUGGACAGCAAGCGGCAGAAACUAAAGGCAGACCUAGAGGAACGGGAACGGCAGGCACGGGAUGCGGCCACGACCGGGGGCUACAAAAAGGCCAGCAGCAAAACGCCCGAGGAGCUGUUCCAGGAAGAGUUUGAUCGGUUGCGCAAGGAGGGAUCGAAACUGAUUCAGGAAGAGCAGGAACUGAUGCGCAAGCAGCUACAGGAGGAGCUGCGUCUCAUACAAACGGCCGCGACCCCGACCUGGGAUCCGUCACAGCAUCGGGUGAAGAUACGCUGGAAAGCGGACAAAAACGAUCCGGCGAACGGUGGCUACACGGAGGAUAUCCUGCGGAAGUUUCUCACAAAAUACGGUGACCUCAAUGCGCUCGUCAUGAGUCCACGCAAGACCGGGAGUGCGUUGGUCGAGUUCAAGGGCAAGGAUGCGGCAGAAAUGGCCGUAAAGUACGAGCAGGGCCGGCUGGAUAAUCCGUGCACGUUGGAGUGGAUCGGAGAGGCUCCGGCUGCGACGAAACCGAAGGCUGGAGGCCGAUCUGCAGGCGGAGGAACCAUCACCGAUCGGGACUACGAAAGCCUAGUGUUACACCAGCUGCGACAGGCCGAACAGCGGAAGCGGCUGAUCGAGCAGAUGAUGAAAGAGGACGCCCAAGAUGGCGAAGAGGCGAAAUAA